AAAACAAUUUGCCUAAGGUUGAAAAUCACCAUGUUGAUAAUGAUUCCAUGAUGGUCUUUACUGAUGAAGAUCUGCUGCUUGGUUCUAAGCCUCACAACAGACCCUUGUUCGUGGCCGGAUAUGUGCAAGAGCAAAAGAUUAAUCGAAUAUUGAUUGAUGGAGGAUCAGCAGUCAACAUCUUGCCUCUUCGCACGCUGAAAGAGUUAAUAAUGACUACGGAAGAACUUGGUAAUAGUCGACUGAUGAUUCAAGGCUUUAACCAAGGGGGGCAAAGAGCUCUUGGCAUCAUAAGGUUGAGGUUGCUGAUGGAAGAUAUGGAAUCAACUGCUAUGUUUCAUGUCAUCGAUGCAAAAACUUCUUACAAUAUGCUUCUUUGUCGUCCAUGGCUUCAUGAGAAUGGUGUGGUUCCGUCCACAUGGCAUCAAUGCUUCAAAUAUUGCAAAAAUGGCGUUGUGAAGACUGUGCUUGGUGAUGAUAAACCUUUUACGGAGACUGAAACUCAUUUCGCUGAUGCCAAAUACUAUUUCAAUGAUGCAAAACCUGUUGAGAAA